ACUAUAAUCAUAAACCUAGUCACACUUCUAUAAGGAUUGAGCAUGUCACACAGCGUUCUCAAUAUACAAAAAUACCUUUGUAUCCGGUGUUUAUGAGCAGAAUUAGAAACUGAUACAUGACAGAGUCCAAAUUCUGUUGUAAAAGUAUAAAUUUCAAAAGGAGCAAAAGUGCUUUCUUCCAUGCUGUAGGAUUUCUUGAAUAGAUUGAAAAAGCUUAUGGGAAUAAUGAUUGCUGUAUCAUUAAUGUUUUUCAUCUCAUCUUCUCUGACAAUUGCGUCAAAUUGCGAUCAUCCGCUUGAUUUUCAUCGUAAUGGUCCGAAGAAGAUAGUAAGUUUUGAAAAUAUAAUCGAAAAAGUAAAAGAGGCACUUCAAAAUACAAAUUUGACAGAAGCUGAAAAUCCGUUGAUCAGUAAUUUCUUCUCAAAUGGUGAAACCUCUGUGGAAUUCAAAGUUGCAAGGAAAGGACCACUGAAAAUAUGUGCUGUUUCACUGAAUAAUAGAAAAUGCUUUGAAAUUAGAUGUGACUGUAAGGAUGUCCCAAGACAGCAAGGAAAUAGUAGUCAUCUACAUUCAUCUAACGUUAGCCUACUCUGCAAAGCCACAACACAAAAUGAUUCACUUCAAGAUCGCUCAUGUCAGAAACAUAAUACAGUGAAUACUACGUCUAAAAAUGAAACAUCGAAUCUUCAUCAAUUAGACGUGACAUCUUCAAACGCUGUAAAAACUUUUAAUGAUCAAAAGACGGGUUCCAAUUCUACUACAUCCAAUUUAAUGCAAAUUGGGAACGAUAAAGACGUUUCUCCGUGGUUUACAACAGCAGUCUUUGUUGGGGGAUUUGUGUCUGGACUGAUAAUAUCUAUGACUUUCUCAUAUAUAUGCCAUAAAAGAAGAAGGACUGGGGUAGAGAAAGAAAAGCCUGAAUACACCACGGAACAGGAUAGGCCUUUAAUCAGAACACAACUACAAGUGGCAGACACAUCAGUGUACUCAGAAAUCUCAGAACAAAAACGAAAUAAUAAGCCCCUAAACAACGGAAAUCCCCUAUACAGUUCUCCGGUAUACGUUGGAGAAUACGUUGAACCAGUGACCAUGAAUGGAAAUGCAAGACUUUUUUGUUGA